GCUGGAAGUCCAACCGGAAACCCCCUGCUUUGUUUCCGGCGCAGGGUCAGCGAGCAGCUAGCAGGAGAGCUAACCUGAUCGCGGAUCGAUCAGAACGGUUCCGUGUCAGAAUGUCCCGUUCCGGGCGUUACGGAGGAGAAUCAAAGGUGUACGUGGGGAACUUGGGGACGGGGGCAGGAAAGGCAGAGCUGGAGCGAGCCUUCGGGUACUACGGGCCCCUCAGAACAGUCUGGAUCGCCAGGAACCCUCCGGGCUUCGCCUUCGUGGAGUUUGAGGACUCCAGAGACGCCGAGGACGCGGUGCGAGGGCUGGACGGGAAGGUGAUCUGCGGCAGCCGGGUCCGGGUCGAACCGUCCAACGGGAUGCCCCGGCGGUCUCGCUACGAGAGGCCGCCGCCGCGCCGACCGUUCGAUCCAGACGACAAGUGCUACGAAUGCGGACAGAAAGGUCAUUACGCCUACGACUGCCACCGCUACGGCCGGCGCGGCCACAGGAGCAGGUCCCGGUCCCGGUCCCGUGGGAGGCGCUACUCCCGCAGCAGGAGUCGCAGCCGGAGCCGAGGGAGGAGAUCCAGGUCCUCUCCUCGUCGAUCCAGGUCCAGCUCGCCCAGAAGAUCCAGGUCCGGCUCGCCCAGAAGGUUCCGGUCCGGCUCCCCUGGGAGGUCCAGGUCCCGGUCCAGGUCCAGGUCCCGGUCCGUAUCCAAGCGCCGCAGCAGGUCAGGGUCGAUGGGUCGUUCUCAUUCCGGAUCUCAGGCCAGAAGUCGCUCGGCCUCCAGGACUCCUGCUGACAACUGACUUCCUGUUUGUUCUCCCAUGUUUUGUACGAACUUCCUGUGUGUAGCAGCUGUGAUUAUUGGUUAUUAGUGAUUCUUGGUUUCCGCUCGGCCUGUUUUGUCAGCAGUUUUCUUCCUGCAUUGAUCUGUUAAUAAAGCUUCAUGAUUCAA